GCUGAUCUGCUGAGUAGUGCAGUACACCUGUACCGCGCUGGAACGGUGAACGCGUAGAGGCGUGCUUAAUUCAUAAAGCCGCAGUGUCGUGCAUCGCCUGGCCGUGAUUUCGUGUUCGUGACUCCAAAUCACCAGAAACGGACACACCACAAGUUACCCGCAGUGAAAGAGAAAGGAAUUCCGUUGAACAUUAAUAACCCGUAAGUACACUCACGACCACAGCUUCUCUUGGAGAAGCUAAGGACGAUGACCAGCAGCUUACGCUUCUCUAUAGCGCACGUUUACUUCUCACGCGCUCUACAGGCUUUGCUGUGCAGUCUAAGUGCAAUUGCCAGGAACAACCACGAGAAUCUUUGAUGCCAUUUUCGGGGCCACUGGCUAGCUGCUGGCUAAACUUCUGUAUAUGUAUACUGCCUACGUGCAAGAUCACUUUUGGAGGAAAGAUGACAUUUUAGCCAGAUACACAUGGAGACAAUGUGGAUAUGAGAGAGUCAGGAUGAGUUAAGACCGAAAGGAUCCUCUACUGGUACAGACACUUGGUGGAGGCCGCAUAUGAUACGGGAAGAGACAUGUCACUGCUGUCUAGUCGUGGCGGUCGCAGGGGACCAAUCCUUUGCUUCUUAGCCCUGCUCUUCGUCUUCGGCCUCUAUCAGCUGGGACUUAUAUGCGGACCCUCGAAAGAUGGACCCACUUCCAUGAUGAUAGCUAAAGAGAUCCAAGAUAAGCCAGCCAACGGUUCAUGGUUUCCAUACGACUUUUUUCAAUUACCAAAAUACGUUGUUUCGUCCCUUGACCAUAAGAAGUAUUCUUACGACAGAACGAUGCCGCUUAUAUUCAUAGGCGGUGUACCACGCUCAGGAACAACUCUGAUGCGUGCCAUGCUGGAUGCACAUCCCGACGUAAGAUGCGGCCAGGAAACUAGAGUAAUUCCGAGGAUUCUACAGAUGAGAUCCCACUGGCUAAAAUCUGAACGAGAGAGCGUACGCCUCGUAGAAGCUGGAAUUUCUAAAGAGGUAAUGGACAGUGCGAUAGCUGCGUUUUGCCUUGAAGUGAUAGCACGACAUGGUGAACCGGCUCCAAGACUCUGCAACAAGGAUCCACUUACAUUAAAAAUGGGAUCGUACGUCUUGGAGCUUUUUCCAAAUGCGAAAUUCUUAUUCAUGGUCCGUGAUGGGCGAGCUACUGUGCAUUCCAUCAUAUCAAGAAAGGUCACCAUAACAGGCUUCGACCUCACAUCGUACAGACAGUGCUUGACAAAAUGGAACCAUGCGAUAUCCGUUAUGCAUAGCCAGUGUAAGGAAGUUGGUUCUGAUAAAUGCCUCAUGGUCCCCUAUGAACAACUGGUGCUUCAUCCCAGAGAGUGGAUGAAGAAGAUCCUCAGCUUUCUGGAUGUACCUUGGAACGAGUCAGUCCUUCACCACGAGGAGUUCAUUAAUAAGCCUGGUGGAGUACCACUUAGCAAAGUAGAGAGAUCCUCGGAUCAGGUGAUAAAGCCAGUCAAUUUAGAAGCAUUGACCAAAUGGGUAGGACAUAUUCCUGAUGACGUGGUUCGCGAUAUGCCGGACAUUGCUCCUAUGCUGUCAGUUCUCGGUUACGAUCCUUACAGCAAUCCUCCAGUGUAUGGAGCACCGGACAGUUUAGUCAGCGACAACACCAGGAGGGUGCUCGCCGACGGAGAAAUAUGGGCUGCCAAAGCCCGACAAUUGUCCCUCCAGAGGGUAGCGUCGAUGCCCAACGAAGAAGAUCCCAGCGACAGCCCGAACGCGUGACCCUGGAUUCACGUCCUUCUAGACACGCACAACACAAACGUGUACAAUUAUUAUUAUAUCUAACUGUACCUUCCAAGGACGAGGCAAUGUUACCAAUAUCGCCACCAGAUUUAUUAAGCGACCGUCAACUCUGUCGCUGCUUUUCCGUAUUGCUUCCUAGACGUUUUUUUGAGAACGACUAGCGGAACCGUGACGAGACAUAUUGGAAACGUUGCCUGUGCGAUUAACUUGUUUAAUUUAUUGCAGCUUGUAACUGAUUAAUCGAUUUGUUUUUGAAAAAACGUUCCUUGGUUUCUUGUGUGACGGCUGCCUUAGGAUUAGUCUCGUGUUUUACUUUUCUGUUGAUUACCGUGGGACGGGUACGUUCCUGGUGUUAUUGUGUAAUCGAUGGAGGAUACUAGUGCGUGUACCAUCUAUGUUCAUCAUACAACGCUUCUUGUAAAAGAAGAAAAAAGAAUGAGACAAUGAGGAAAGAAAAGAAAAAGACAAAUGAUGUUUCUCUGCGGACUAUAAGAAAUCUCAUGAUCACGAAACUUCGAAUUGUGUUUACUUGUGAAUCAGUAUGCAAGUGUAAUUAAUGAUAACUGUUAGUUUUAUUGCAAUAACGCGAACAUUCGCACGCAACUGUUCCAAUCCCCAAUUACGGUACAAUGAGAGAAUUUGUUGUUUUGUUACGUUAUACCGUUAUAUUUUAUAAUUCAUUUAAUUAUCCAUACACGUAGCACAAACAGUUGCACAGUACUUCAAUAAUUGUCCAAGAAAAAAAAACAUGUCGACCAAAUGGCCAGUGAAAAAUGGUUGAUCCUAAAAACGUAUCCGAUUUAUGUGAAAUGAGUAAAGGCAGAAUUAAAACGAACAAUAAUAGAUAUUAAAGUACAUACUUACGUGUUUAAUCGACUCUAUCUCGCUCUAUUAAAAGCUAAUACUUUAUACCACUGGUAUUUUUCUUAUGUGGCUUUCCGACUGUUAUUUUCAAUCAAAAUAUCAUCGUAACGCAAUCCCGUAUGCGUUUUGCCAUAUUCGAGGUGUCUUUGAUUUAGGAACGUCGUGCCAAGGACGUUUUUGUCAAAUGUAUUACGUUAAAAUAAGUUUCCAAAGAUGCGCUAAGAGUCAGCCGAGAAAAUUGUACUCUGAUGAUCAAUGGAAAUCUUUGGCACCAACUAAUAAGAAUAACGUGAGUUUGCGAUUGUACAGAAUAAAAUAUUAUUUAUAAGCUA